UGGUUUGCGGAUGCUGGGUAAAAGCGGCCGCCGCAAGCGGAGCGCCCAGUCGCCACUAGCGAGGUUCUCUAUACGCACGCGUUAUGCUGCUAUACCUCACGUGUAUGCUCGCGGUCGCCGCCGCCGCGCCGCACUACGACCAGCGGCAGGACGGUGACUUCAACGUCCGCGCGGACGUCCAGAACGUCGUCCUCCUCAUCCUGCGGCCGGAGAAGCUAUCGUCGAGCUUCGUGGACCUGUUCUCGAAGAACGCGAAGCGCCCGGUGCAGCACAAUAACGAGGAGCUCCAGGAGCGCGCCGGCAUCCACGCGAUGGAGGCCUUCGUCGAGCCGAACGAGCCAUACAAGGUGGAGAUCGGCGCGGAGGGGGAGCGGUACCCGGAGGCCGACGAGGAUCGCGAGGUGGAGGUGGUGAUAGCCGGGCGACGGCGCCUGGACUCGGAGCCCCAAGCCGAGAGGGACGAGUACAAGCUGAUCGGGGCCACGGAGCAGUGCGGGCCGGGCCGUGAGCGGGACCCCGUCACCCUCAUGUGCCGGGCCCCGCUCGAAGUCACCACGGACGUUGCCGAGGCGGACCCCCCCUCGUUUCCGAACUGAUCUCCUCACGGUUUUAUCAUUAAGUUAACUUAUUUCUAUUUAUUAUUCGUUUGUAAAUUAUGUUAAAUAUUAAGAUAAAAAAGUUUGU